AUAGCUAUUCUUGAUUUCUUUGAGUAGUUAGAUAGCUGCGAGACAAGCCGUGAAUUGAUAUUUAGCACGCGCCAUUUCUCUACGCUAUAACUCAAUAGUGCCGUGUAUAGUGUGUGAGCCAAAAAAAUUUUUGAAUAAUAACGGAUUUCAGUGCUUUAAUUGAUAGUUUUAACCAUGAUUUUGCGGUGUAAAAUAAGAACUUUUGUGCUUUUAUGUGUGAUAGCUAUUUUACUACUUCAAUUAGUGUCAAGUGAAAGAGUAUCGAGAAGAAGAUUACGAAGACCAACGAAAUCAUCAACGUCGUCGGUAUCCACAGAUCAAGAAACCGCUCCGAGUAUAUCGAAAUUUAGGAGAACCAGACCAAGUACAAGAAAAACUACAAAUAAUUCUCUAAUAACCCCACGAAAAGACAACGAUGACGGUUAUAAAGUAGUUUGUUAUUACACAAAUUGGUCACAAUAUAGAGUCAAAAUUGGUAAAUUUCAACCCGAAGAUAUAUUACCCGAUCUAUGUACACAUAUUAUAUUUUCUUUCGGGUGGUUGAAGAAAGGAAAACUGUCGUCUUUCGAAAGUAACGAUGAGACUAAAGAUGGAAAAAUUGGAUUGUACGAAAGGAUUCAUAAGUUGAAGAAGGCUAAUCCUAAACUGAAGACUUUACUUGCUAUUGGUGGUUGGUCAUUCGGUACCCAAAAAUUCAAAGAUAUGGCGGCCAGUAGAUAUGCUAGGCAAACUUUCAUAUUUAGUGCUAUUCCUUUCUUGAGACAAAGGAAUUUCGACGGACUCGACAUCGAUUGGGAAUACCCCAAGGGGUCAGACGACAAGAAGAACUACGUGCUGUUAUUGAAAGAACUUCGAGAAGCUUUCGAAGCCGAAUCCCAAGAAAUAAAAAAAAAUCGUCUACUCCUAUCGGCCGCGGUACCCGUAGGUCCGGAUAACAUACGAGGGGGCUACGAUGUACCGGCUGUAGCUUCAUAUUUAGAUUUUAUAAAUCUUAUGGCUUACGAUUUUCACGGGAAAUGGGAAAAAGAAACCGGUCACAACGCCCCUUUGUAUUCACCUAGUAGCGACAGUCAAUAUCAGAAACAAUUAAACGUCGAACACGCCGCCAAUUUGUGGGUUAAAUUGGGAGCCCCGAAAGAAAAAAUGGUCAUCGGUAUGCCUACGUACGGUAGAUCGUUCACUUUAUCGGAUGUUACUAGACACGGAGUGCAUGCUCCUUCUUCCGCUGGGGGAAAGGAGGGUACAUAUACCAAAGAAGGAGGAUUUUUGGCCUAUUACGAGAUUUGCGAGAUGUUACUUAACGGUGCGACUUAUUAUUGGGACGAUGAAAUGAAAGUACCGUAUCUCGUUCACGGGGACCAAUGGGUUGGUUUCGACGACGAAAAAUCAAUCAGAAAUAAAAUGAAAUGGAUCAAAGAAAACGGUUUCGCUGGUGCCAUGGUUUGGACAGUCGAUAUGGAUGAUUUCACCGGAACAGUUUGCGGCGGAGAAGUUAAAUAUCCAUUAAUCGGAGCUAUGAGGGAGGAACUUAGGGGUAUUUCUAGAGGUAAAGACGCGAAAGAUGUUGAUUGGCAGAAGAUAGCGGGACCGACAGACGACGAUGAAGAUGUCGAAGAAAACGUAGACGAAGAAAAACCGAAACCGAUCAAAAUAUCCGUAUCCGAAGUACUUAAACGCGUCAGGAAACCGUCGGGGAAAAAAACCGCCGCUAGUGACGUUCUAGCCAAAAGAGAAAAAAUAAAUAGAAAAGUUCGAAAACCACAGAUAUUUUGUUAUAUGACUAAUUGGUCGUACAAGCGACCCGGUUCUGGUAAAUUCACGCCCGAAGACGUAAAUCCGGCCCUGUGCACACAUAUAGUUUACGCUUUUGCGACGUUGCAAGAUCAUAAAUUAGCAGAAGCCAAUAAUAAGGAUCCGGAAAUGUACGAACGAGUUAUUGAAUUGAGAAAUAAAAAUCCAGAAUUGAAGGUACUUUUGGCGAUUGGCGGUUGGGCGUUUGGGUCGACGCCCUUUAAAGAAUUAACGGGAAACGUAUUUAGAAUGAAUCAAUUCGUUUACGACGCAAUCGAAUUCCUCAGGGAAUAUAAAUUUAAUGGUUUGGAUGUCGAUUGGGAAUAUCCUAGGGGAGCAGACGAUAGGAUUGCCUACGCUAAUUUAUUGAAAGAGUUACGUGUAGCUUUCGAGGGAGAAGCAAAAAGUAGCGGCCAACCGAGAUUGAUGCUCACCGCCGCCGUACCGGCAUCAUUCGAAGCGAUCGCGGCUGGCUACGACGUCCCGGAAAUAUCCAAAUACCUAGAUUUCAUCAACGUCAUGACGUACGAUUUUCACGGCCAAUGGGAGAGAACGGUAGGGCACAACGCGCCGCUAUUUCCAUUAGAAAGCGCUUCCAAGUACCAAAAAAAAUUGACAGUCGACUAUUCGGCGAGGGAAUGGGUGAAACAGGGAGCGCCGAAGGAGAAAUUGAUGAUCGGCAUGCCGACGUACGGGAGGAGCUUCGAAUUGGUGAAUGCGACGCAGUUCGAUAUAGGAGCGCCGGCGAGCGGGGGCGGUACCCCCGGGAAAUACACUUCGGAAGCGGGUUUCAUGAGCUACUACGAGAUUUGCGACUUUUUGCACCAAGACAACGUCACCUUGGUUUGGGAUAACGAGCAACAAGUACCGUUCGCAUACAGGGAGAACCAGUGGGUCGGAUUCGACGACGAGAGGAGUUUGAAAACGAAGAUGGCGUGGUUGAAGGAAGAAGGUUUCGGUGGUAUCAUGAUUUGGUCUGUGGAUAUGGAUGAUUUUAGGGGAACGUGCGGGGGGGACAAGUUUCCUUUAUUGAAUGCUAUGAGGCAGGAACUCGAGGGGUAUAAAGUUAAAUUGGAAUAUAGCGGUCCGUACGAAACUGUAGUCGCUUCUGGACAGUAUACGACCAAAAAUCCUAACGAAGUGACUUGCGAAGAAGAAGAAGGCCACAUAAGUUACCAUCCGGACAAAGCCGAUUGCAAGAUGUACUACAUGUGCGAAGGCGAACGGAAACACCAUAUGCCAUGUCCGGCGAAUCUAGUUUUCAAUCCCGAUCAGAACGUAUGCGAUUGGCCGGAAAACGUAGAAAGUUGUUCGCAGUUUACGCCGGCGCCGCCACCGAGCUAA